AUGUCGACAUCUCAACCCCGUCGAGUGUCGCUUGACCCCGAGUUGCAGACUGAAGUGAUCACGGCGCUAAAGAACUUCUAUGAAUUCCUCACGAAACUCCCCUGGUUGCAACCCGACGAUGUCUUGGAGCCGCCAAAACAAGGCUGGCCAAACAUCAAUACCGAAAACUUCGCCCCGUUUCAAAAGAAUGAAGCAGUAAUUGAACUGCUCAAACACUUACCAUACAUUCGCAUGGACGGCCCAUGCCAUGAUUACAAGCUAGUCUGGUCUACCUACCCGUGCGAUUACCGGCGCGAUUAUUUCCAAAUCGUGCAUCCUGAAAUCGGAUGCUGGGAGAUACCCGAUACGUCAGCACGAGAUUUCAAGUUCCCUGAAUGGGUCGUCCCCCUUACGUAUGGGAAAGUGCACGGCCAGUACAUUAUGCUAGACACUACAGAUGUCUAUGGACCCGACGAUCCCCGAGCAUGGCGCAAUGAGUGUGAAAAUCCAGGCAGUACUGCGCGCCUCGGUGACAUAUUGAACCUGUGGAAGAAUGAUUACUUCCAUCUGCGCAUCAUUGGCCAGGCGAGCGGAACUGAACCGCGUUUGCAUAUCGAGAGUUCGGACGCAGAAUAUAAGGAAUUACGCGAGCUUAUGCUUCGCUACGGAUGGCCCGAUAACUUUGACCGCGAGGGCUGCAGGAAUGCUAUGCUGGAGUGAGACUGGAACAGAUUACGGCGAAGAUGUAAUGAAGUGCCGAGCAGCAAACGAACGAUUCCAAAUUCUACCUUGAUGUUGUAAUCGUCGC